UGGAAGUAAAAAUGCAGGAGAUGGAGGACAGGCACAGAGAGGAGUUGGAGGCCCUGCGGGAGGAGAAGAGCAGUCUACAGGUGCUGGUUAGCAGGCAGAGCUCAGUGAUCCGGGAGCUGGAGGCUCAGCUGAGUCGAGCGACCAGUAACAGCACCGCCCUGCAGAGACAACAGCAGGACCUGGUGGAUACCGUACGCAACCUGCUCAGCCUCUGUGCGAAGGAUGGAGGUACAGCAUUGGUGCCAAACAGCACAAAGCAAGCUGAUGAGGAGAGGAAGUACCGGGACUGUGCCGACCUCUACCAAGCGGGUUUCCAGAAAAAUGGAGUUUACACUAUCAACAUUAGCCCACAAGAGACUAAAAAGGUGUACUGCAACAUGGAGUCUGCGGGGGGAGGCUGGACGGUGAUCCAAAGACGUGAAGAUGGUAGCGUGGACUUCCAGAGAGCAUGGAAAGAAUAUAAAAUG